AAAGCUUCAGGAUAAGUUUACUGUUUUUAAAGAAAAUAUGUUUGGUGUAUGUUUGCUACGGAAUGUUUAAUGGUCUUUCAAAAUCAAGGGACCUUUAUGUUAAUCUACUAAAUCAAGCACAAGCAGAUUCAAUAUUUCCAUUUCAAGUCUUCUUUAAACCCUUAACUUACAUUCCUACAAAAGUCCUUUCAGAAACAGAAACCGGGUGUGAGGAAGCCUUUGAUUUCACCUCUGAAUCUAUUAUUUCACUUGACGCUGUGCAAGCACUUUCAGGAGUUAUAAAACGCCGUGAAAUUCGUUUUAGUAAUUGGAAAGUCUCUGAAGAUGAGAGCAAUGUUACUAUGGUUUUGAAUUGGCAAAAAAAUAAGGAAAAUAACGCUGAUUCAAAAGUAGAUCAACAAAAGAAAAAGUUAGAUUCAUACACUAAAAAAAACGAUAUUGUGUUUAUUGAUGGUUGUAAAGGUUUGAAAAUGUCUGAAAAACAAACUUUAAACGUAGAUGCCGAUUCACAGAUUGUUAUUGAAAAUGAUAAAGAAAUUACUCCAGAAAUGGCAGAGAUAGCAAAGGCCACUGUUAAACGGAGUGCUGCAGAAAGUGAUAACUCGCAUUUGCCAAAAGUUCUUAAGCAGGAAGAUAUUUUGGAAAACACUCAACCCAAAACGAAUGAGCUUUUGCUUACUGUUGAUCAAGCAGGGAAUGCUAAUGACCAUGAUCAUGAAAAACAAAUGUUGGAACUUGUUGAUGCGGCAGCUCAUGCAACAUCCUAUACAGAGGAAGUAGUGGUACAAGAAGAUGCUAAAACUAACACUGACAUUGAUAAUAGCUCCACUGGCAUUUUAGGAGAUUUAUCUAACCUUGGUAGUGAUACCACAAAUGGUCCGGUGCAAAUUGUGGUGGAGCAAGGUGAUAUUAAAGGAGAUUACCUGGACCAGGAGGACUACCAGAUUGAUACCAGCAGUGUAGAGCCAGAACCACAACAGACCAAUACUGCAACGGUGGCUGCUCCACAAGGAGUAAACCCUUCUAUGAUGAGUAAUCUUCUCCACACAGCUGCUGCUGUUGCUGCUUCACAAAAUGCAGCAGCAGCUACUGUUCAAGUGAUCCCGGGGCAAGCUGCUGGUACAAUACAACUUGUUCCAGCAGCAGAUGUUCAAAAAACUCGGGAAAUGAUGGCUGCUGGCUUGUCGCCACAAAGUGUUAAUCAGUCCGGUGAGGAAAGUGGGAAGCCAUCUAAUCAACCUGUGUUUACCUACUUGGUUACUAGUCAAGGCACACUUAUUGCAGCACAUGCCAGUGAUGGUAGUGAGUUGAUAUCCGGUUCAAAUGGAACAAAACCUAAAAGAAAAAACACUGGCAGGGGUCGGAGAUUAAGUAAAAAUUCCAAGUCCAUUGUAGCAAAAGAAGAAGUUGGCAGUGAAGAUGGCCAUGGUGGAGGAGUUAAUCAACUUGGUGGAAUGUAUGUCAACGGAAGGCCUUUACCGGAACCAAUAAGGCAACGCAUUGUCAAUCUAUCUCACCAAGGAGUUCGUCCGUGUGACAUUUCUCGUCAGCUACGUGUAUCGCAUGGCUGUGUCAGCAAGAUUUUAGCAAGGUAUUAUGAGACCGGAAGCAUUCGUCCUGGGGUUAUUGGAGGUAGUAAGCCGAAAGUGGCAACACAUGAUGUGGUGAUGCGGAUAACGGAGUACAAACGUGAAAAUCCUACCAUGUUUGCUUGGGAAAUACGUGACAGACUUUUGGCUGAUGAAGUAUGUUCACAAGAAACUGUACCAAGUGUUUCAUCAAUAAACAGAAUUGUAAGAAGCAAAACUUCUGAAUUUAUGAAAGACAAUCAGAAGCUUUCAGAACAAGCGAGUCUGCCUUCUCCAUUGUUAAACAUGCAGAUGAUAAAAGGUGAUAGAAAACGUACAAAUACUGCACCAAGCACCUCCCUUAAUCUUGUAAACCAACAAGCAAACGGCAACUCGUUGCAAAAUGUGGACCUUGGUGGAAUGCAGAUUAUUGCUUCUGGCAAUGAUGGCAACUCAGGGCUGGCACAAUAUGUCUCAUUUGCAGGGUCAGGACAAAGCAACAAACCUGUUGAACAACCUACUUUGCAAGGAUCCAACUCAAACGAUCAGAAUCGCAUUUACAGUCUCAGCAACCUUCUUGGAAUUACACCAAGCCAAGCUGCUCUUCUAGCAAGCAACCCUGCAGCUUUCACACAAGCUGCUGCUGUGAUUGGUGCAACCCCAACUUCAUCAUCCAAUUCGAACAUUGUUGAACCCCCCAAACCAUCACCUUCUCUACCAGCUGUACUCGCCAGCUUACCCUUGGGUCAGCAAUAUGAGUUGCUCAAAACUGUGGGUGGUGACCUUGUUACCGUGCAACAGGUGGAAGAGAAAAGUCAGGAGCAGAGUAAUUCCCGUCUUAUAUCAGUCCAGCCAAACAAAGCAACCAACAUACAACCUUCUAAUCAGCAGAUAUUAGUCAACGCUCAAGGACAAAUUGUCACACAAACCAGUAUGCUGGCCCCCCAUGGUAGCCAGACACGUGUUAUAUCGCCAUCCAAUGUUCAACAAGGUGGGCUUUAUGUGACAGCCAAUGGUCAGGUGAUUUCAACUGCUGCAGCUCAAAACUUAAUUGUUGCAAACCUUGACCAACCAGUGCAGUCCUCAACAAAUUCCAUAAAUCUAAACCAACUGAGUGGUGUUGAUGUUAUGACAUCAUCAGUGAUGACAUCAUCAGUUCGUUCGACACCCACCUUAACAUCACCCAGCAACAAAACUUCCAAAUCUUCCUCCAUAACUAUAGGUGCAAACCAGCAAGGGUUAGUAACGCUCACCCAACAGCAAAUACAACAGUUGGCAGCACAAGGUGUUGUAAUUCAACCUGCUCCGAACCAUGUUUCAUACCAACCAGUUGAGCAACAGAACGAGAAGCCAGACAGUGAGGUGGUAAUCUCAGAGAGUGAUUGUGUUACAAGAACAUCUGAAGAAUCUGUCGUUGUGGAAACUGUAUCUAAUGAAAAAGCUUCAGAGAAAGUUUCACUUGAGCAAAUAUCUCACACAAAUGAAGUAAAUAUGACACAAGAACAACAACAGUUACUUAAAAUGCUACAGAGUGCAAUCCUUGUCAAGCAAGAACCAAGUGAGGAGUCGUCCAACAUAAACCAGCUACUCAUGGCAACACAACAACCUGGAACUGCCCAGUUAUUAUCGGCAGCUGCUGCACUAGGUGCAAUGCAACCCUCACAAACUAUUGCAGCUUCAUCUGACACAAACACCAACUCGAACAACAACAACCAACAUCUUGUAUCUUCCAACCCUCAAGUUCUUACUGCAGCUCAAUUACAACAACUUACUUCUAACUUGCAACAACAACAACAACAUCAACAGCAACAACAAGGAAUUGUCCAGAUUCUGUCAGCUGCUGGCCAACUACAACAUCAACAAAUAACCAACAACCAGAACAGCAACAAUAACAACAGUCAACUACAACAGCAAAUAGCGGUGCAAAUGCUUCCAGCAACUAGCGGCAGUAACAACAACAAUAAUAACAAUGGUGGCAAUUCAAAUCUUGGAAGGUCUGGUACACAACUCCAACUUGCAUCGGGAACAUUAACUGAGCUUCAACCUGUCAGUUCUCUUCUUAACCAACUCCGCACACAACCCCAACAAGCUGUUACCUUUUCUGUUGCAAAUACUGUUGCUGCACUUCAACCACCACCAGCUACAGCACUUCCAUCACUUGUUCUGCCACCUGCCAGUGUAACUAUAGCCACCACCCCAUCUAGUGGUAUACCCAACACUCUUACACAACCGUUCACAACAAUAUACAAUGAAGCAUGGAAGAUGGCUACCAAUGUGCAAGUUACAAGAGCUCAAUCAUCACAUGAGAGUGCUUCCUCUCCUUCAAGUGGUGAAAAAAAGAGCUAAGACACUAAGCUGUUCAACAUCUAAGUGCCUUUUACCUGAUGUAAAUACCAGUGGCACAUCUAUAAUACAGGUGUAUUUAUGGAACCAGUUAGGGCAGUCUUCAAAAUAACAAAAUUUGUUUUGUUUUCUGACAUUUGAAAUUUGUUAACUCUGGAGUUUACCACUCCUAAUGCCAAAGAAGUCCAUCUUGUGGUACGAGCCCGUCUUAUUUUUAGUUUAUAAAUCAUCAUUUCUCCAUAAAGAACGUUAGUAAACAGUUAUUUUUUUAAAGAAAACCAUCAUGCUGCUUGUACAGUUUAGUAAAGAUAGUUGAUUUUAAAUUUUAUUUUAAAUCAACAAAGAAAAACAUGCCUAACUAUCUGCCGUCUUGUUAAAGUUCUUUAACCUUUCUGUUAAAAAUAUAUAAAUUUUUUAUUUAAGACCCGCUGCCAUGGGGGUUUUGAGUUUUGCACUACCCAUACAUGGGGGUCUAUUCUUCACCCGCUGCAACUACUAUGGCCUGUCAUUUAGCUUUUGUUUGUUUUUGUAAAUCCUGCCAUUUUAUUUUCCUUGUUCUGAUUCUUGUUUUUUUUUUUGUAUUUAGAAAUUGUAAAGUACAAACAAAACACUGACAUAAGUCUUGAAGUUUCAUUCCUUUAUAUUUAAUUAUGACAGGAAAUUUGAUGCGUUAUAUUAGGAUUCACAUUACUUUGAGUGUUAUCAUUGUCAGUUUUUUACCCAACAGCUUUUUUUAAAUCUGAAAAAGUUUAGCAUCUUAUUCAUAAUUAUAAUGUUGCUUGGUAUAAUUGAAACACAAAUUACCUUGCCAAUCUCUAUAUACUUUGUUCACUACUGUUUUUUUCUAAUGCCUAAGCUAACAGAGAAAGUUUACUUUGCAAACACUCCUAUCAAAUAUUAAUGAUAUUUUAAUAUCGUUGCUUGUUUGACUAACCGGGUGUGAGAUGGUUGCAAUUAGAACUCACUG